GUUACAUUUUCAAGAAACACAGCCGGGUGACGUCACGUCGGAAAGUACUGAUUAUCACGGUGCUGCUGCAUUGACUCGAAAACAACCGACAUCACGAAGUUAUACCGGAAUACGGCUCAUGACACUUUCAUAGAAACGCAAACUUGAGAGGCAACAACAAUGGAGAAACCUCCCUUCAGGCAGAACCAGAACUGUGGAGACUGGGAGCUGAAAGAGAGACUGGGAAUGGGCGGGUUUGCCCAUGUUUACCUCUACCAACAUCACGAAACAAAUGAAAAACUAGCUGUGAAAAUGUGCCGUCUGGAGCUCACACCAAGGAAUAAGGACAGAUGGAGCAGAGAAAUCCAGAUCAUGAAAAAGUUGAAUCACAUCAAUGUCGUGACAGCCCGAGAAGUCCCGGAGGAAAUGAGGCACAUAGCCUUAAAUGAUCUUCCACUGUUGGCCAUGGAGUACUGCUCCAGGGGAGACCUGAGGAAGAUGCUGAGCAAACCUGAAAACUGCUGCGGUUUGAAAGAAAGUGAAGUGCUUUCGUUACUCAAUGAUGUUGGAUCUGGUAUCCAGUAUCUGCACGAAAACAAGAUCAUACACAGAGACCUUAAACCUGAAAACAUAGUGCUGCAAGAUAUUAACGGAAAGCUGGUUCACAAAAUCAUUGACCUGGGCUAUGCUAAAGACCUGGACCAGGGCAGUCUGUGUACCUCCUUCGUUGGCACGCUUCAGUACCUGGCACCUGAACUGUUUGAGAAUAAGGCAUACACUGUUACUGUGGACUACUGGAGCUUUGGCACAAUGGUAUUUGAAUGCAGUUGUGGUUUCCGUCCCUUCCUGCACAACCUGCAACCUGUGCAGUGGGCCAGCAAAGUGAGGAAUAAAGGUCCAAAAGACAUCAUGGCUGUAGAGGAGCAGAACGGAGAAGUCAGGUUCUCCACACACCUCCCCUACCCCAACAAUCUCAGCAGGACGCUGUUGGAGCCAAUGGAAGCUCUGCUGCAGCUGAUGUUAAAGUGGGACCCUGUCCAGAGAGGAGGCAAAGUCAACUCCGACACCAAGAAGCCCAUGUGCUUUGAAAAGCUGGAGCAGAUACUGAGUAUGAAGGUCGUCCACAUCCUGAACAUGACCACAGCUCAGGUCCACUCUUUCCAGCUGACUCCGGAGGAAAGUCUCCACAGUCUGCAGAAGCGCAUCGAGGCCGAGACGAAUAUCGAAGUGAUGAACCAGGAGCUGCUGCAGGAGACGGGAGUGUCACUGGAUCCCAGGAAGCACGCUGCGCAGUGUGUCCUAGAUGGUGUGAGAGGGUGGGAUAGCUACAUCGUCUAUCUGUUUGACAAGAGCAUCACCAAGUACUCCGGUCCCCUCAGUGCCAGACAGCUGCCCGAUAAAGUCAACACUAUAGUUCAAGAGGCCAAGACACAGCUGCCCCUGGUGGUGUUGAAGAAGGUUUGGGGUGAAGCAGUGAGCUACAUCUGUGGGCUGAAGGAUGACUACAGCCGGCUAUUCCAAGGACAGAGGGCUGCUAUGUUGAGUCUCCUGCGCUACAACACCAACCUGACCAGGUGUAAGAACAGCAUGUUUGGCUUCUCUCAGCAGCUGAAGGCCAAGCUGGACUUCUUCAAGAGCAGCAUCCAGUACGACCUGGAAAAAUACAGCGAUCAGAUGCACUAUGGCAUAUCUUCUGAAAAGAUGCUGAAAGCCUGGCAAGAGAACGAGGAACGAGCUGCUGCUUUUGCACAGGUGGCAGAGGUGAGCCAUCUGGAUGAUGAGAUCAUGGCUCUGCACUCAGAGAUAGUGGAACUUCAGAGGAGCCCGUAUGCUCGACGCCAAGGAGACAAGAUGGAGCAGCUAGAAGAAAAAGCGAUUGAGCUCUACAAGCAACUGAAGAUGAAAUGCAAAACACCUGAGCCAGAUGUGAGCAGUGACAGCUCUGAGAUGGUGAAGGCCAUUAUUCAGACUGUCCAGAACCAAGACAAGGUCCUGAAAGACCUGUACACCCACCUCAGCAAGAUCCUGAUCAGCAAACAAAAGAUCAUUGACUUGUUUCCACGAAUUGAGAAAACCUUGGAGAACAUCAAGGAUGCUGACAACACAGUGAUGCAGAUGCAGAUCAAGAGACAAAGAGAGUUCUGGCAUUUACUGAAGAUCGCCUGUGCUCAAAACUCAACACGAAACUCAAUAGCAGCCAGUCCCGAGUCGUCCAACCUGCUGCAGGUUUCUCCGUGGUCACAGUCGGCACAACCCGUCAGCUCCCCACAUCCCCUAACCUCCCUGCCUGGGCCUAAUGACAGUGACGCCGCUCCGCGUCUGCUGCAGGAGAACCAGAAGUACCUCAGUCAGCUGACGAGCCUGAUGCAGGAAGCUGCUGAUGAACAGGCCAAAAGCAUAGUGGACCAAGACUGGAGCUGGACGAAAUACGAAACCCUAACCACCAAAUUAAAAAAGAGAAAUGCGUGAGCGUUUUGUUGCGUCCUUCCAUCCCUGCCUGUGCUCCGAGUAACACUAAAGACUGUAAGCGGCUAACACAAGCAGAGUGGCGUCAAACGUUGUACAGUUGUACAAGGACUCGGGAUAUUCUCUUUAAAAAUGGCUCUCACGGCAGAGUUCAACACACGCCCAGUGGUGUCUGCCCGCUCCAGUCUGAUGAACAAUGAAGCUGUGUCACUCUACUUUUUUGUCCUUUUGCUGCACAAUAUACAUCAUGAUUCAUAAAAACUGAUGAUAUAAAUUGUCACUGUUAUUGCAAAAUUGAGCAAACUGUAGCACCAGAUUUGAGGGUGUGGAAGGUGGAUUUAUCGCACGAGAGUGUUGGACAGAAAUAUGGGAACGAGUUCAACCGCGAGACAUACAAGGAAAACACAGGAAGUGGUAGGGGGGUGUGGGUGGGGGGGGGGGUCGAGGAGGAAAUUACAAUCAAGCAAACAGCACUUUGAUACUCCCAUGUAUCCUCUCUGUAACGAGAUGAGACGAUCCAGGCUGCCAAAAACUGUCGCACGCAGAACUCACAGAUUUACAAACUGUUAUUCAACUCCUAUUGUCAUAUUCUCAUAAUCAAUUUGAUAUAUUUUGCUAUACAUAGUCUGGGAGGGGUUAGAUUCUAUGUAAAUGUUUUGAUUUUUGAUUUUUGAAGUUUUCCCGUUUAUUAAAGUGUUAUGUAUCAUAGGCAGAAGUCUUUUGACAUGAUAUCUGUGACAGACGUGGCUGGCCCUCAUGUUUAUACAAUGUCUAUACUGUCUUUUAAAUUGUCUGCCAGAUACAAAGAGUUUUGUUGUCUCGUUAUGUGCACAUUUAAUUUCACUGGACGGUUCAUGCUGCUUUCACGUCAUAUAGAGUUGAAACGAUUAGUCGAGAGUAAAGUUUCCAUCCAAAAUUAGGGCAGAUUUUUAACAACUUUCCAGAAAAAUCAUCAAAAGAAAAUGCAAGUAAAUGCAUGUUUCCAAUCCAGUACUGUUGAAUAUUAUGAGUUGGUUCAUGGAGAUAAACGCAUGCCAUGAAACCAUUGCAAAAGAAGAGGACAUACUUAACAGAGCUCCAGUCAAACGAGAGAGAACCAUGUUGAAAACCAUGUAAAUAUAACAUUCCUGUCUCCUUAUCGCUGCACUCAGAUCUGAUGUUUUCAGCUCUUCAGUGAACGUUUAACUUAGUCGGACAAAACAAGCAGUUACUAGACAUCACAUCAGAGAGGAAAUUAUUAUUAUAUUAGCAUAUUUCACUAUUUUAUGUCAUCUGACAAAAAGAAAUGUUAAUCAAGAAAGUAACCAGCAGAUUAAUCAAUAAUAGUAGUUCAACUGUCUUGAGUGAUCUGAUGCUUGUAAGUAGUCAAUGGGACUGAAGUCUGGCUUGCCGGAUGUACAGUGUGGGUAAAAUGCUUGACGUGCUAUCUCCGCUCUAUCUAUUUAGCAAGGGCACCAUCGCUGCACCCCGGGGCUUAGCGCCGCUAAGAUAAGAUAAGCCAAGAUAAUUGUGAUUGGUUUAAAGAAAUACAAACAAGUCAGAACGUUUAUUUCCCUCUGUAAGAACGAUAACUCAUGCAGUCAGACAAUACUCCGGUGGUGUCGCAGUGCCGUGGAGAUCUGGCAAAGCAAGACUAAUGAGACUGCAAUUCAUCAAAUUAAUUUUGUUUUUUUACUCAAUUUUCUGUAUAAAAUGUCAGAAAAUAGUGAAAAAUGCCUGUUAACAUUUUACUAUGUCACUUCAUACUUCAACAGUCUGAAACCUAAAGAUAUACAACGUACGGUUAUAAAAACAGAGAAAAGCAGUAAAUCAUCCCAUUUGAGAAGCUGUAACCAGAGAAUAUUUGGCAUUUUUUUGCUUGAAAAAUCACUGAGACAAUGAAUCCGUUAACAAAACUGUAGCUGAAUAAUCAACUUAUCGAUUAACAAUGGAUUCUUUCAGCUCUAGUCGUGAACAUGGGACUCUUUUCCUUCAUCGUCUAACCAUUUAUGACAUGAACGUUGCAUUGAAGCACAGUCGGCGUUUUGGGUUGUUGAGGGUGAAAUCAAUGUGAAUGAUUGGAAACCAGGAUAGGAAAUGGUUGAAUGCACUGCAGUUACACAGUUAGGGAGAGGUUAACCCUUUGAGUUGUAUUAAUGAAGUUACAGUGCAAUGGAAAAAUAUUUUUUCUGUAUUUAAGUAACUGGAUCUGUCAUGUUUUUUCCAUUUAAGUAUUUGUUUCCAUCUGAUGGUUUAAAAUUGUCUGAAUGUUUAAUUUUUAGAAAUGUUAUUGUAAAAAGAUCAAAUGUUUGCCUGGUAAUAAAAUAAAAUGACUUUGGCAUGA